AUUUUGCUGUUAACCAACCUCCAUUUUCAUUAAUUAAUGUAUUUAUUGAUGCACCUAUAACGAAUUUAUUGAACGAUUUUAUUGAAUAUUUAAAAUCGCCUACAAUUGAAUUAUUGGAUUAUUAAUAAUUCCUACCUAAUUAUAAAGGCAAUUUAGCCAAAUCCAAUUUCACCAUAUCCUAUUGAAUUUAAUAUUAUUCAAGGAACAAUGGACACAAGACGCUGGCUGGCCAAAAAUAACGAAGAAACAUUAUCAACGGCGUUAAAAACAUUCGGCAGAACUCAAAAUCAAUUCAAACUCGAUAUUCGUACCAUUAAAGAUUGGAUGAAAACUCAGCAUCAUCUUCCAGAAAUAAGCAGCGACCAUCAAAUAAUGAAUUUCCUACUAGUAAAUAAAUGCAGCAUUGAACAAACCAAGCAAAAACUGGACAUGUAUUACACGAUUCGUCAAUUAAUGCCUGAAAUAUACGAAAACUCCAACAUGAAUUCAGCACGAAUGAAGAAAGUCUCCAAUGAACUGUAUUUUUUUCCGCUGCCCAAGCGAACUGAAGAAGGUCACAGAGUGUCCGUGGCAAAAAUGCUGAGCGCAGAUACGGAGAAUUUCGAUUUUUACCAAUAUUUGGGGUACGGUUUCAAUUCGUUAGAGGUCAGAAUCCAAGAGGACGUCAUAUUCGAGGACAUUUUCAUCAUCGAUUUCGAAAACGUGAAACUUUCGCAUAUAUUCAAAGUGUCGCCGUUCCAGUUGAAGAAAAUGGUUACUAUUUUAGAAAAAGUGUAUUCGAACAAAAUAAGACAAUUCCACUUCGUAAAUUGCCCUACGUUUGCUCUCAACGCCAUCAACCUAAUGAAGCAGCUAAUUAAACCCAAAUUAGCGCAAAGAGUGUUCGUACACGAAGGAGUAGAUACUUUAUCUAAUAACAUUUCGUUAAAAGUCCUGCCGAAGGACUAUGGUGGACUAGAUUUGCCUUUACACGAACUUAACCAAAUGUGGCAAAUAAAACUAGCGGAAUACAAAGAGAGAUUCAACGUUAUCGAUAAAUUAAAAACCAACGAGAUGUUGCGACCGGCCCCUUUGAAAAACGAUGAAAUUUUGGGCUAUCACGGUAAUUUCAGAAAACUAGAAAUGGAUUGAAUAUUACAUUCAACAUGGCAAAAUAUCUUAAGGUUGUUGUACUAUGUAAUUAACAAUCAUGGGCACCAACGUUUGUUAAUUACCUAAAAUCGUUCUAAUGUAAUUAACAAACAUUCUUGCGAACGGUUAGUAGAGGUUUCUAUUUCAAU